AUGGGGAGGUCGCGCCCCACGCCGCCGCCGCUGCUGCUGGUCGGACUGGCGCUGCUGGGCGCGGCGCGGGCAGCGACGGACGGCGACUUCAGCCUGCACCCACCCUACUUCAAUUUGGCCGAGGGCGCCCGCAUCGCCGCCUCGGCCACCUGCGGAGAGGAGGCCCCGGCGCGCGGCGCCCCACGCCCCACCGAGGACCUCUACUGCAAGCUGGUGGGGGGCCCGGUGGCCGGCGGGGACCCCAACCAGACCAUCCAGGGCCAGUACUGUGACAUCUGCACGGCCAGGAACAGCAACAAGGCCCACCCCGCGAGCAACGCCAUCGACGGCACGGAGCGCUGGUGGCAGAGCCCGCCGCUGUCCCGCGGCCUGCAGUACAAUGAGGUCAACGUCACCCUGGACCUGGGCCAGGUGUUCCACGUGGCUUACGUGCUCAUCAAGUUUGCCAACUCCCCUCGGCCGGACCUCUGGGUGCUGGAGCGGUCCACGGACUUCGGCCACACCUACCAGCCGUGGCAGUUCUUCGCCUCCUCCAGGAGGGACUGCCUGGAGCGGUUCGGGGUGCCGAGGCUGGAGCGCAUCGCGCAGGACGACGACGUCAUCUGCACCACGGAGUACUCCCGGAUCGUGCCCCUGGAGAACGGCGAGGUCGUGGUGUCCCUAGUGAACGGGCGCCCAGGGGCCAUGAACUUCUCCUACUCGCCCUCACUGCGCGACUUCACCAAAGCCACCAACAUCCGCCUGCGGUUCCUGCGCACAAACACUCUGCUGGGCCACCUGAUGGGCAAGGCGCUGCGGGACCCCACCGUCACCCGCCGGUACUAUUACAGCAUCAAGGACAUCAGCAUCGGUGGCCGCUGCGUCUGCCACGGCCACGCAGACGUCUGUGACGCCAAAGACCCCACGGACCCCUUCAGGUUGCAGUGCGUCUGCCAGCACAACACGUGUGGGGGCUCCUGUGAGCGCUGCUGCCCCGGCUUCCACCAGCAGCCCUGGAGGCCGGCCACCCCCGCCAGCGCCAGCGAGUGCCAGUCCUGCAACUGCCACGGCCACGCGGACGACUGCUACUACGACCCCGAGGUGGACCGGCGCAACGGCAGCCUGAGCCAGGACGGCGUGUUCCAGGGCGGGGGCGUGUGUCUCCACUGCCAGCAUCAUACCACCGGCAUCAACUGUGAGCGCUGCCUGCCCGGCUUCUACCGUGACCCAGACCACCCCCUGGACUCGCCCCAUGCCUGCCGUCAGUGCAACUGCGAGUCCAACUUCACGGACGGGACGUGCGAGGACCUGACCGGCCGCUGCCACUGCCGGCCCAACUUCUCGGGGCAGCGGUGCGAGGCGUGUGCCGUGGGCUUCACCAGCUUCCCGCGCUGCUACCCGGUGCCCCCUCUCAACAGCACUGUGGCCCAGGUACAGCAGGCCGGAGAGAUUAUCAACUGUGACUGCAUCGCUACUGGGACCCAGGACAACGCCUGUUGGAAAGACCCACGGCUGGGACGCUGCCUAUGCAAACCCAACUUCCAGGGCACCCACUGCGAGCGCUGUGCCCCAGGGUUCCACGGCCAGGACUGCGAGCCCUGCCAGUGCUCCAGCCCUGGCGUGGUGGACGGCGACUGUGACCGUGACUCGGGCCAGUGCACCUGCCGAGUGGGCUUCGAGGGGGCCUCGUGUGACCGCUGCGCCCCUGGCUACUUCCACUUCCCCCUCUGCCAGCUGUGUGGCUGCAGCACUGCGGGGACCCUGCCCGAGGGCUGCGACGAGGCUGGCCAAUGUCCCUGCCGGCCAGGGUUCGACGGCCCGCACUGUGACCGCUGUCACCCCGGCUACCACGGCUACCCUGACUGCCGAGCCUGCACCUGCGACCCCCAGGGGGCCCUGGACCAGCUCUGCAGCGCAGGCGGGCUGUGCCGCUGCCGCCCUGGCUACGCAGGCGCCACCUGUCAGGAGUGCAGCCCCGGUUUCCACGGCUUCCCCACCUGUGCCCCUUGCCACUGCUCUGCCGAAGGCGCCCUGCACGCGGCCUGUGACCCCCGCAGUGGCCAGUGCAGCUGCCGGCCCCAGGUGACCGGGCUGCGGUGCGACUCGUGCGUGCCCGGCACCUACAACUUCCCGUACUGCGAAGCUGGCUCCUGCCACCCCGCUGGCCUGGACCCGGCCGAUCGUGUUUUUCCCGAGGCACAGGCCUUCUGUGCGUGCCGGGCUCACGUGGAGGGGCCAAGUUGUGACCGCUGUAAACCUGGGUUCUGGGGGCUGAGUCCCAGCAACCCCCAGGGCUGCACCCGCUGCAGCUGUGACCCCAGGGGAACACUGGGUGGAGCUGCCGAGUGCCAGCUGGGCAGCGGCCAGUGCUUCUGCAAGCCCCACGUGUGCGGCCAGACGUGCUCCGCGUGCAGGGACGGCUUCUUCGGGCUGGACCAGGCCGACUACUUUGGCUGCCGCAGCUGCCGGUGCGAUGUUGGCGGUGCGCUGGGCCAGGGCUGCGAACCGAGCACGGGCGCCUGCCGCUGUCGCCCCAACACCCACGGCCCCACCUGCAGCACGCCGGCGAGGGACCACUACCUCCCUGACCUGCACCACCUGCACCUGGAGCUGGAGGAGGCGGCCACGCCCGAGGGCCACACCGUGCGCUUUGGCUUCAACCCCCUCGAGUUUGAGAACUUCAGCUGGAGGGGCUACGCGCAAAUGGCGCCCAUCCAGCCCAGGCUGGUGAUCAGGCUGAACGUGACCUCCCCUGACCUCUUCUGGCUCGUUUUCCGCUAUGUCAACCGGGGGCCCACGAACGUGAACGGGAGGGUCUCUGUGCGGGAGGAGGGCAAGCUCGCCACCUGUGCCAACUGCACGGAGCAGAGUCAGCCUGUGGCCUUCCCACCCAGCACGGAGCCCUCCUUUGUUACCGUGCCCCAGAGGGGCUUUGGGGAGCCCUUCGUGCUGAACCCCGGCACCUGGGCCCUGCUCGUGGAGGCGGAAGGGGUGCUCCUGGACUACGUGGUUCUGCUGCCCAGCGCCUACUACGAGGCGGCCCUGCUGCAGCUGCGGGUGACCGAGGCCUGCACGCUCCGGCCAGCUGCCCAGCAUUCUGGGGAGAACUGCCUCCUCUACACCCACCUGCCCCUGGACGGCUUCCCCUCCACUCCUGGCCUGGAGGCCCUGUGUCUCCGUGACAACAGCCUCCCCCGGCCCUGCCCCAGGGAGCAGCUCAGUCCCUCGCAUCCACAGCUGGUCAUCUGCCAGGGCAAUGACGUGGAUGUCCAGCUGCAGGUGGCAGUGCCCAGGCCAGGCCGCUACGCCCUGGUGGUGGAGUACGCUAAUGAGAAGGCCCGCCAGGAGCUGGGUGUGGCUGUGCACACCCCCCAGCACCUCCCCCAGCAGGGGGCGCUCACUCUGCACCCUUGCAUGUACAGCACCCUCUGCCGGUGCGCCGCUCUAGAUGACCAGCACCACCUGGCAGUCUUCCACCUGGGCACAGAGGCCAGCGUCCGGCUCUCUGCCCAGCGGGCACACUUCUUCCUGCACAGUGUCACCCUGGUGCCCGUGGAGACGUUCAGCCUGGAGUUCCUGGAGCCCCGGGUCCGCUGUGUCAGCAGCCACGGGGCCUUCAGCCCCAGCAGUGCCGCCUGCCUGCCCUCCCGCUUCCCGAAGCCGCCCCAGCCCACCAUCCUCAGGGACUGCCAGGUGCUGCCGCUGCCCCCCGAGCUCCCGCUGACCCGCUCGCAGGAGCUCACGCCAGGGGCGCCCCCCACUGGGCCCCAGCCACGGCCCCCCACUGCUGUGGACCCCGACGCCGAGCCCACCUUGCUGCGACACCCCCAGGGAACGGUGGUGUUUGCCACCCAGGUGCCCGCCCUGGGCCGCUACGCCUUCCUGCUGCACGGCUACCAGCCGGCCCACCCCACCUUCUCCGUGGAAGUGCUCAUCAACGGGGGCCGCAUCUGGCAGGGCCACGCCAAUGCCACCUUCUGCCCACACGGCUACGGCUGCCGCAUCCUGGUGGUGUGUGAGGGCCAGGCCAUCCUGGACGUGACCGACAGCGAGCUCACUGUGACUGUGCGUGUGCCCGAGGGCCGGUGGUUCUGGCUGGAGUAUGUGCUGGUGGUCCCUGAGGACACCUACAGCCCCAGCUACCUCCGGGAGGAGCCCCUGGACAAGUCCUAUGACUUCAUCAACCAGUGCGCCUCCCAUGGCUACCACAUCAGCGCCACCAGCUCCUCCCAGUUCUGCCGGGAUGCUGCCACCUCCCUGUCCCUGUUCUACAACAACGGGGCUUGGCCGUGCGGCUGCCACGAAGUGGGUGCCACCGGCCCCACCUGUGAGCCCUUUGGGGGCCAGUGUCCCUGCCGGGCCCACGUCAUCGGCCGAGACUGCUCCCGCUGCGCCACCGGCUACUGGGGCUUCCCCAGCUGCAGACCCUGCGACUGUAACGGCCGCCUGUGUGACGAGCUGACGGGCCACUGCAUUUGCCCACCGCGCACCGUCCUUCCCGACUGCAUCGUCUGCCAGCCCCAGACCUUCGGCUGCCACCCCCUGGUCGGCUGUGAGGAGUGUAACUGCUCCGGGCCCGGCGUGUUGGAGCUCGAGGACCCCACCUGUGACAAGGACAGCGGCCAGUGCAGGUGCAGACCCCACGUGGCUGGGCGCCGCUGUGACGCCUGUGCUCCUGGCUUCUACGGCUACCCCAGCUGCCGCCCCUGUGACUGCCACCCCGCCGGCUCUGCGCCCAGCGUGUGUGACCCCCUCACGGGCCAGUGUCACUGCAAGGAGAACGUUCAGGGCCCCAGAUGUGACCAGUGCCGCCUUGGGACCUUCUCUCUGGACGCCGCCAACCCCAAAGGCUGCACCCGCUGCUUCUGUUUCGGGGCGACGGAGCGCUGUGGGAGCUCCAUCCACACCCGCCAGGAGUUUGUGGACAUGGAGGGCUGGACGCUGCUGAGCAGUGACCGGCAGGUGGUGCCCCACAAGCUGCAAGCGGAGGCGGAGCUGCUCCAUGCCAACCUGCAGCAGGUCCCCGAGGCCUUUCCCGAGCUGUACUGGCAGGCGCCACCCUCCUACCUGGGGGACCGGGUGUCGUCCUACGGGGGGACCCUCCGUUACGAACUACACUCGGAGAGCCAGCGGGGAGACGUGUUCACCCCCGUGGAGAGCAGGCCAGACGUGCUGCUGCAGGGCAACCAGAUGAGCAUCAUGUUCCUGGAGCCCGUGCACCCGGAGCCGGGCCACACACACCACGGGCAGCUGCAGCUGGUGGAGGGUAACUUCCGGCACGCGGAGACCCACAGCCCCGUGUCCCGGGAGGAGCUGAUGAUGGUGCUGGCCGGCCUGCAGCAGCUGCAGAUUCGCAGCCCCUUCUCCAAGUUCUCCACGGCCGUCUCCCUGCGCAGGGUGGCGCUGGAGGUGGCCAGCAAGAUGGGCAGCGGGCCUCCGGCCAGCAAUGUGGAGCUGUGCAUGUGCCCUGCCAACUACCUGGGGGACUCCUGCCAGGAAUGUGCCCCUGGUUACUACCGGGACAUCAAAGGUCUCUUUUUGGGUCGCUGCGUCCCCUGUCAGUGCUACGGCCACUCAGACCUCUGCACCCCUGGCCUGGGCUCCUGUGUGGAUUGCCAGCACAACACCGAGGGCGACCGCUGUGAGCGCUGCCAGGCCGGCUUCGUGCGCAUGGGGUCCGAGGACCCCGCAGCCCCCUGCGUCAGCUGCCCCUGCCCGGUCUCUGUGCCGUCCAACAACUUCGCGGUGGGCUGCGUCUUUCCAGGGGGCCGCACCCAGUGUCUCUGCAAACCCGGCUACGCAGGCGCCUCCUGUGAGCGGUGCGCCCCCGGCUUCUUCGGGAACCCGAUGGUGCUGGGCAGCUCGUGCCAACCCUGCGACUGCAGCGGCAACGGGGACCCCAACAUGCUCUUCAGUGACUGCGACCCCCUGACGGGCGCCUGCCGCAGCUGCCUGCGCCACACCGCCGGGCCCCACUGCGAGACCUGUGCCCCCGGCUUCUAUGGCAACGCCCUGCUGCCCGGCAACUGCACCCGGUGUGACUGCUCCCCGUGUGGGACAGAGGCCUGCGACCCCCACAGCGGGCGCUGCCUGUGCAAGGCUGGCGUGACGGGACCUCGCUGCGACCGCUGUCAGGAAGGACACUUCGGCUUCGAAGGGUGCAUGGGUUGCCGCCCGUGUGCCUGUGGACCAGCCUCCAAGGGCUCCGAGUGCCACCCCCAGAGUGGACAGUGCUACUGCCAGCCGGGGGCGGCAGGGCCCCAGUGCCGAGAGUGUGCCCCUGGCCACUGGGGGCUCCCGGAGCAGGGCUGCAGGCGCUGCCAGUGUCAGGAGGGCCACUGUGACGUGCACACGGGCCAGUGCACCUGCCCCCCUGGGCUCAGCGGCGAGCGCUGCGACCGCUGCGGCCACCACCAGGUGCUGCUGCCUGGGGACCCGGGCAGCCGAGGUGUGCACUGCGAAGUGUGUGACCACUGCGUGGUCCUGCUCCUGGAUGACCUGGAGCGGAUGGGCGCCCUCCUCCCCGCCAUCCGUGAGCAGCUGCAUGGCGUGAACACCAGCACCGUGGCCUGGGCCCGGCUGCACAGGCUGAACGCCUCCAUCGCUGACCUGCAGAGCCAGCUCCGGAGCUCGGCAGGCCCCCACGAGACCUCGCAGCAGCUGGAGUCACUGGAGAGACAGAGCACGAGCCUCGGGCAGGACACGCAGCGGCUGGACAGCCAGGCCACGGGGGCCCGAGUCCGGACUGGCCAGCUGCUGGACAGCACGGAGGCCACACUGGGCCAGGCACAGACACUGCUGAAGGCCAUCCAGGCUCUGGACCAAACCCUGAGGGGGCUCAUGACAGACCGCCUGGCGCCAGAGAACACCUCGGCCCCGUCGGGUGAGCAGCUGCGCCGGACACUGGCCAAGGUGGACCGGCUGCUCAGGGAAAUGCGGGCCCGCGACCUGGGGGCCCCGCGGGCAGUGGCGGAGGCGGAGCUGGACCAGGCCCAGAGACUGCUGGCCCGCGUGCAGGAGCAGCUGACCAGCCGCUGGGAGGGGAACCAAGCGCUGGCCGCCCGCACCCGAGACCAGCUGGCCCAGCACGAGGCCGGCCUCAUGGACCUGCGAGAGGCCCUGAACCGGGCGGUGGGCACCACGCGGGAGGCUGAGGAGCUCAACAGCCGCAACCUGGAGCGUCUGGAGGAGGCGCUGCAUCGGAAGCAGGAGCUGCCCCGCGACAGCGCCACUCUGAGGGACACUCUGCAGGCCGCCAGAGAUACCCUGGCCCGGGUCUCUGAGCUGCUGCACGGCAUGGACCGAGCCAAGGAGGAGUAUGAGCACCUGGCUGCCAGCCUGGACGGGGCCUGGACACCGCUGCUGGAGAAGAUUCGAGCCUUCUCCCCCGCUAGUGGCAAGGUGGACCUGGUGGAGGCUGCUGAGGCCCACGCGUGGCGGCUGGACCAGCUGGCACACAACCUCUCCAGCAUCAUCCGCGGAGUCAACCAGGACCGCUUCAUCCAGCGGGCUAUCGAGGCGGCCAACGCCUACAGCAGCAUCCUGAGAGCCGUGCAGGCCGCCGAGGGCGCUGCUGGCCAGGCCCUGCAGCAGGCAGGCCACACGUGGACGAUGGUGGUACAGCAGGGCCUGGCCCCCCGCGCCCGGGGACUGCGGGCCAACAGCAGCGCCCUGGAGGAGGCCGUUCUCGGGGAGCAGCAGAGGCUGGGCCGCGUGUGGGCCACCCUCCAGGGCACCGGGACCCAGCUCCGUGAUGCCCGGGCCAAGAAGGAGCAGCUGGCAGCCCGGGUCCAGGACGUGCAGGCCAUGCUGGCUAUGGACACGGAUGAGACAAGCAAGAAGAUCGCUCACGCCAAGGCUGUGGCCAACGAAGCGCUGGACACCGCUGCCCGUGUGCAGUCCAUGGUUCGGACCCUGCAGAAGAACCUGGAGCAGUGGCAGGGCCAGUACGGGGGCCUGAAGAACCAGGACGUGGGCCAAGCGGUGCUCGAUGCAGGCCACUCAGUGUCUACUUUGGAGAAGACGCUGCCGCAACUGCUGGCCAAGCUCAGCCUCCUGGAGAACCGGGGGGCGCACAAUGCCAGCCUGGCCCUGUCCGCCAGCAUCGGCCGUGUGCGGGAGCUCAUUGCCCAGGCCCGAGGAGCCGCCAGCAAGGUCAAGGUGUCCAUGAAGUUCAACGGACGCUCGGGGGUGCAGCUGCGUGCCCCUCGGGACCUCACUGACCUCGCUGCCUACACCGCCCUCAAGUUCUACCUCCAGAGCCCAGAGCCAGCGUCUGACCAGGUCCCCGAGGAUCAAUUUGUGCUUUACAUGGGCAGCCGCCAGGCCACUGGCGACUACAUGGGCGUAGCUCUGCGUAACCAGACAGUGCACUGGGUGUACCGCCUGGGGGGUGCGGGCCCCGCAAAACUCAGCAUCGAUGAGAACAUCGGGGAGCAGUUUGCAGCCAUCAGCAUUGACAGGACCCUCCAGUUCGGCCACAUGUCUGUCACGGUGGAGAAGCAGAUGAUCCAUGAGACCAAGGGCGACACCGUGGCCCCUGGGGCCGAGGGACUGCUCAACCUGAAGCCCGACAACUUUGUCUUCUAUGUCGGGGGUUACCCCAGCAACUUCAUGCCCCCGGAACCCCUCCGCUUCCCCCGCUACCGGGGCUGCAUUGAGAUGGACACACUCAACCAGGAGGUGAUCAGUCUCUACAACUUCGAGAAGAUCUUCCAUAUCAACACUGCGGUGGACAAGCCGUGUGCGCGCUCCAAGUCGACCGGAGACCCAUGGCUCACAGACGGCUCCUACCUGGAGGGCACGGGCUUUGCCCGCAUCAGGGUGGAGAGACAAGCCAGCACCACCAAGCGCUUCGAACAGGAGCUGAGGCUGGUGUCCUACAACGGGAUCGUCUUCUUCCUGCAGCACGAGAGCCAGUUCCUGUGCCUGGCCGUGCUGAAAGGCCACCUCGUGCUGCUCUACGACUUCGGCGCGGGCCUGCAGGAGGCCGUCCCGCUGCAGCCCCCUCCGCCCCUGACCGUGGCCAGCAAGGCGAUCCAGGUGUUCCUGCUGGGGGACAGCCGCAAGCGCGUGCUCGUGCGCGUGGAGAGGACCACCGUGUUCAGCGUGGAUCAGGAGAACACGCUGGAGCUGGCCAGCGCUUACUACUUAGGGGGUGUGCCUCUGGAUCAGCUGCCAGCGAGCCUGCAGCGGCUCUUCCCAUCUGGAGGCUCAGUGCGCGGCUGCAUCAAGGGCAUCAAAGCUCUGGGCAAGUACGUGGACCUCAAGCGGCUGAACACCACGGGUGUCAGCGCUGGCUGCACCUCGGACCUGCUGGUGGGACGGGCCAUGACUUUCCACGGCCAUGGCUUCCUGCCCCUGGAGCUCCCAGGUGUCGCGCCCCUCACCAGCAGUGUCUACUCUGGCUUCGGCUUUCGCAGCACCCAGGACAGCGGUCUGCUGUACCACAGAGCGUCCCCGGAUGGGCCCUGCGAGGUGUCCCUGCAGCAGGGCCAUGUGACACUCCGGCUUGUGAGGACUGAGGUGAAAACGCCCGGGGGCUUUGCUGACGGUGCUCCCCAUUACGUCGCUUUCUACAGCAACACCACAGGGGUCUGGCUCUACGUGGACGACCAGCUGCAGCAGAUGAAGGCCCACCGGGGGCCGCCCAGGCCGCAGCCCCAGCCCCAGCCCGAGGGGCCCCAUCAGCUCCUGCUGGGAGGCCUGCCCGAGUCCAGCACCAUCCGUAACUUCAGUGGCUGCAUCAGCAACGUGUUUGUGCAGCGGCUCCUGGGGCCCCAGCGCGUGUUUGACCUGCAGCAGAAUGUGGGCGCCAUUAACGUGAGCUCAGGCUGUGCCCCGGCCCCUGCUGCUCAAACAACAGUGCAGACACCUCGAGGACUACGGGCCGCAAUGGCUCGGAAGGUCUCCCGGCACAGUCGACAUCCCACCCAGGACUCUGCCUGCACGCUGCCCCGGUCCCUCAGGACCAUCCACGGUGCCUACCAGUUUGGGGGUCCCCUGUCCAGUUACCUGGAGUUUACAGUUGUCCCAGCACCCCCUAAGAACUGGCUCACCUUCUCGAUGGUAGUCCGCCCGCGCACCCGAAGGGGGCUCCUGCUCCUCGCUGCGCCCCUGGAGGCUGGCAGCCCCUCCCUGGCACUCUUCCUGAGCCACAGAUACUUUGUGGCUCAGACGCUAGGCCCUGGGCCUGAGCUCCGCGUCCAGAGCCAGCAGCGUUCGAGGGCUGACCAGUGGCACAAGGUGUCCGUGCGAUGGGAGAAGACUCGGAUCCAGCUGGAGGUGGACAAAGUCUGGACCCAGAGCCCGGAAGACUCUGGCCGGAAUCCUGGCCAGCAGAACCAGAGGACAGAAGGCCCCCAGCCCUACACUGUCUUUUUCGGGGGUCUUCCUGUCAAUGGCCCCAAGCUCCCAGUGUUCAUCAGCAGCAACUCCUUCAGUGGCUGUGUGAGGAGACUGACGUUGGACGGGCAGCCCUUGAGCACCCCCAACCGAAUGGUGGGGGUCACGCCCUGCUUCUCAGAACCCCUGGAGGCGGGCCUGUUCUUUGCCAGCAGCAGGGGAGCCGUCACUCUAGACACCCUGGGGUCCACCCUGCCCGAUGUGAGCCUGAAGCUGGAGGUGCGGCCCCAGGCGGCCACAGGCCUCAUCCUCCACCUGGGCCAGCUCCGGGCACCCCCCCGCCUGCAGCUGCAGGUGCUAGGGAAGCAGGUCCUCCUGUGGGCAGAUGACGGUGCAGGCGAGUUCUCCACGUCAGUGACACUCUCCAAGGCGCUUUGUGAUGGCCAGUGGCACCGACUGGCAGUGACCAAAAGUGGGAACGCCCUGCGGCUAGAGGUGGACUCCCGGAGCAACCAGACCCUGGGUCCUGUGCUGUGGGCCUCAGCCAGCACCCCGGCGCCUCUGCAUUUAGGGGGCCUGCCUGAACCCACGGACACACAGCCUGGGCCCCGCACCCUGAGGCACCCUUGGCCUCCAGCCUACCGUGGCUGCAUGAGGAACCUGAUGGUGAACCAGGCCUUUGUCACCCUGCCUCGCUCUGCAGGGGUGCAAGGGGCCGUGGGGGCCAGCGGCUGCCCCACCACAUAGACCGCUGGCC